GGAUGGUGCUGGAACUCAGACGGCUGAAGACGAUGAGGCGUCGCUUUAUCAGACUAGUUGGGACAGGAUAAUUCUGAAUGUGGACUUGAAGGGUACCUCCAAUGGGCCCAGCCCAAUCACAAAAUUCCAAUUUGACGGCGUCGUUUGAGUUAGACCUGAAAUCCAAAUCUGUAAUCCAAAUUGCAGGGUUUAAGGAACGAGUCUGCUUCCUCUUUCUUCAACUUCUUUCUUCACCUCCCACCAAUUUCCAAACCAGGGAAGAAAUGGCGUCGAUUUGGAGAUCGGCAAUAAUGGCGGGUUCUAGGCCCCUCACUUCUCGAACCAAAAACCUAACGUUAAAGAGCCUAACCCCAAAACCCAUGUCUUCUUCUUUCUCUUCUCCAUCAACAAGAACCUUCCCUUGUGCUUCGAGGAUCGUGUCGGUAUUGGGAGGAGUAGAGUCGAUGAUUCCACUUCAUAGUGCCAUUGCGUCUGCUCGGCUGAAAUCAAGCAUCGCCGUCGAUUCCUCCUGUUGGAGCUGGCUCUCUCAAGGACUUGCAACACCAUUGUGACAAGCCUGGAUCCUUUGUGGGACAAUAAAAGCAUAGGAUCUGUUUUAGAAAUCUAUGUCAAAGGAAAGCAAAUUGUUCAAGAUUUUGCCUUUGUAUUCUGAAAUUCUGCAGUGCCUGCAGAUUUGUUAUUUGCCUUUCACUUAUUUACAAGAGUUGAACUUAGCUGUGUAUGUUUUGUGGACAUGUGAAACUUUUUUAGCUCCACAAUAAAAAAUAUCCUAGCAAAUGAUUUUCUAACUUCCUUGGUUUUUCAGAGUUUUUCCUUUUCAAUGUGUUUCAAGCUUCUGUGCAAGGGGUUGAAUGAUAGGAUCACUUACUGUUGCUUGGAAAAUCAAACAUAAUGGGGUUUUUGUUGUUCUUCUUCUUUGAUGAAUUUGAUUUAGACCUUUUAUAUGUUUCUGAGGAAUUAGCGUCCACAACAAAAUCCUUAUAUUUAAGUAAUGCUCAUCAGUCUUGAUCAUUUAUAAUGUGAAGUUCUUAGACCUAGCUUGUUUCAAACUUAGAAUGUUAUGGUAUGUAUCCUUCCCGUCAGCUUCAUCUCCGUAUAUGCCACAUUUUUCUGUGACAUGAUUUUCUCCUUCAACUUGUUUCAUACUUUGGUUCUAAUUAUCAAAGUUUUCAUAACUAAUUUGAUCUAGCUUUUCUUCUACUGAUUAUCUUCCAUAUCUCUUCAU